AGGCAGGGCAGGGCUGGAUCAGGAAGAUCUCUCCUUGGCUCAGAAGCAGCCACUCUGGCUUGUGAGGAGCACCCUGUGAGGUUGCCGUUCAUCCCCAGCUGUUGCCCUGGUGGCCCCUCCACACACACGGAGACCAUGGGAACCCUUGUAGGGCACCUGAUAGCAGGAAUGUUCUUCCUCCUCUUUUCACUCUACUACUCCGUGCUGGUGUCCUUGGCCCUGCUGCGAGGACAGAGGUUCCUCAUACCCCCUCUGCCCCCAAGGGAGAAGCGAGGGCACAGGUGGUGGCAGCGGGUCCCCAAGGACGGAGUGAUGAAGGUGGUCUUCCCUCUACUUGGCAUCUUGCCUGAGUUCUUCUACCCACCAGGAGUGAACCGGCUGACGAUGGUGGACUGGGAGGACCCGAGGCGGCCGUUCGUGUUCAAGGACAACUGGCAGCACGUCACCAUGUAUGCGUUCUUCCUGCUCAGUGGCGUGGUGGACAUCGUAAGCCAGGCGUGUCAGGCGCGGCAAAAUGUGAAGCUGGAGCGCGCGGCCGAGGCCCUGGCCUUCUACAUGCUGGCGCUGCUGAUGGCGAUGCACGGCGAGAACAAGAGCACCCUGGAGAUCCGCGUGCACAUCCUGCUCAUGGUGCCAGCCUUCCUGGUCGGCCUGGUGCUCACCAUCGAGGUCUGGGUCCCCGACCAGCCCUCGCUGUGGGUGCUCAAGACCUGGAUGGGGCUGGUGCUCAGCAACUGGAUGCUGCAACUUUGCGUGCUGAUGUACGCGCCUCCCUCCGGGCAGCCCUGGCGCGGGGAAAACCCCGAGGACCUCUCCUUCCUCAUCAUCUUCUUCUGCUGGCACCUGCCCUUAGGAGCUGCCCUGCUGGCUGCAGUCUAUGGCCUCUGCAGCCUCUGGCACCAUUGCUUCUCCUCCCGGAGGGAGACCCUGGGUGCCAAGUACCAGCCCUGCCCCACAGGUGAGGGCAAGGAAGAGUGUGAGAAGCUCAGGACAGGGGCCCAGCUGCAGGAUGGGGGUGUCUAGGUACAGAAUCUGUCUUUGCGCCGCACCUUUUGCAAGCAGAGUGUUGAGAAUCGGUGCGCGCAGUGCAGAAAUGACCCGGGGUCUACGAGGUGGCUUUCCAUCAGUGGAGUCCCCAUCCUUGUUCCUGAAUGAUCCUUCCAGCUCCUAGGCUUACCUUUAGCUAGCACUCUGUUCCCCCAGGCCUGUCUCUUUCCAGUCUCACUAUUCAGUAUUGUUCCUAAGCAGGGAUUUACAUGAAGUGAGAACAGGCAUAGCGCUUUUCUCUGACAGCUUUUGGGAUCCGAGAGGAGAAGAUGAAAUGAGGAACAGAGGGAGAUGGAGGAUCUCUGGGCACCUAGCAGGGCUCUGGUCUGUCUGAAGCAGGGCUGGCUUCACGCGCACACAUGUGUGUGCCUGCAGCUGAAGCGGUGAAAUGGGGUGGGGGGGAGUCUGUUUUCACAUGGUGUUAAAGGCUUCUGCACUCUUCGUGUCUCUCUGUUCUUUAUUCACACUAAGUGUGGCAGGAAGAAGAGCUUGUUCUGAUGCUCCUGUUUCCUAAUCUGAACUGGAUGAGUCUAGUCCUGAGGGAGUAAGGGAUGAGGGGGAAAGGGGUGGCAUCAGUGUAGCAGGGCUCAAGUCUGGAGAGAAAGGAGGCAAGGGAGGAAUUCCCAAAGGUGUGUAUAAGAAAUGAGGAUUAGCAGCUGCUCGGGUCACUGCUGUGGCAGAGGUUCAAUCCUUGGCCCAGGAACUUGCA